AAUUUCCGUCCGCACAUCCACGUCGGAGUGAACGUUUUCGAAGGCCCACCCGUGACUUUGAGGAGAUCCCACGCCUGCUGAAACAUGAAGUUCCGAGGAUUGCCGGCAGACAUGAAGGUCGCGGGCGCCGACGUCAGACCACGGGGCAGACUGACUCUACCUCUCCUACCAUGUGGAUUCUGUAAAUUCUUCCACGUCGAUUAUUUCCUCUGUGAGAAGGGUCACGUAUUGUGCAUAGACUGCGGUAAUGACGACCUGCACAAAGCUCGAGGGGAUCGUGUCGAGUCGCCUUGUUUCGGAUGCGGCAAGAUUGUGCCCAUGCAGAAGAUACACGUGGAUGUGGAGCAGCUGCGCUACGAGCGAUUCUGUUGCGCGUGCAGUCACGAAGGAACUUUAGCCGAAAUCCAGAUGCACCUACACAGCGCAAAGUAUGGACUAGCGUGCAUCCUGAUCGACAAGACCCCGACCGAGAUGGAGAUCAAUCACUUCAAGAACCGUCUGUACGAAUUGGAUACCGUCAAAUCGAAACUCGACGAGGCUGAAGACUUGAUCUCUGCGUUCUUCGACCUACAUUUCGCGAAGCCUUCUGCUUCUUUGAAGUCUCACGCGACCAACAAGCAACUGGUUCGUCGCAUCGAAGAGAGACUCGUCUGCGUCAAAAACCUCUUGCAAGAGGUCGAUGUGAUGAACAACGAGAUGCGGCCCACGCUCGAAGCGAUGUUCAAGGGUAAUUGUUGGCUCGUUCUGAAAACUUGCGAUAUAUUCCCGAAACAUAGGCACGUCUUAAGAACCGUCAUCUAUGGCGUCGCCGUCGAAGUACUUUCGAAACAGGAAAUAUACGACGGUGCUCUGUGGCUCGGCAUGUUCAUACGCGGCUGCGACUUCGACAUGUCGGGGCUGCAGAAACGAAAAGACGCCUAUCCUCUGAAAGCGAAGAUCACCAUCCGGAUACACAAUUCUCGAGGCUACGAGGUCGGUAAAGGUUCUUUCGUGACAUUCGACAAUAAUACCUAUACCAGCGCGAGUUUUAAGGAUCCAUUCGUAGAGGAAUCCGUAUUUGUUGGCGUCGACAAACUAAUCUUGAUGAGCGAUGUUCGGAAACCAGAGAUGAUUGUCGGAAACAAAAUACGUCUCUCAUUUCAAUUUGAGCCUCUACUCGACAUGUGAUGAUUGCCGAUCACUUCGGUGCUUAGUUUUCAGUGAUUUUCAUAUUUGUGAAUUGACCAUGACCGACAAGUUCCGGCGAUCAUGAUUCGUUCGUCGAUCGCGACUCUCCGGAUCAUAGAUUUUAGGAAGGAUUUGUCUCUGACAAGUCCGCGCCGAGGAGGCUAAUCAUACAAAUUUUGUGAAUUCGAUACAUCGCGGAACGCGAGCUCUGGUUGCAAAUCGGGAUGUUGGGAGGAGUCGACCUCCGACUUUUUACUCAUACAUGAUAUGGAGCAGGAUAAUUUCCGACUCCGUCUAGAUGGAGACGCAGAAAUAAAUGAUGAUGAUUGU